AUGGCACCGCCCCAUCGUAUUGAUGAUACACCAAUUAGCCAAACAGAUGAAAUCACAGUAACAGAAAGUCCAAAGGACUUCAAUGUAUUCUUUAAGAUCCCUGAUGACUACAAGUAUGGUCCACACAAUCUCAAUGUUCAAGGAUUUGAUGUAAAUGGAGAAAAAACAUCAAACACAAACAUCAAAUUCGUCAUUCAAAAUCCACCAAAAAUAAUUAGUAUCAGUCUCGAAAAAGAGAGAGUUCAGCCAGGCCACGUAUUAAGAUUCUCUGGAAUUGUCCGAGAUCCAGAUCUUAAUAAUACACUUAAGUUCAUCGGAAGAAUUGAUUCGGCAGCCGAUGAAAUCGUUCAUAGGAUGGUUGCAGAUUCAACGGAACAAGAAUUUGCAUUUGAAUACAUUGUCGAUGCCGACAUCGAAGUUGGCGAACACGAAUUCAUAGUCAAGGUUGUUGACGAUGAUGAUUACUCAUCAGGUGUAGCAACUGUUGGUUUCACAGUUUACAAACCAAGCAAGGAAGAAACGGAAGGAGGAAAUGGAGGUGGUAUCAAUGGUCCAGGCAAAGAUGAUUCAUCCAGUGCUAUAACUAACACCACCACAAAGAAGAGUUCAACCAAAGGUUUAAUUGCGGGAAUAGUUAUUGUUGGAAUCAUUCUUGUUGUUCUUAUUAUUGUUGCAGUUAUUUUGUUCAUGAAAUCUCGUGGAGUAAACUCAGCUCCAAAGGAUCAAGAUUCUGUCAGUGAUCAUUCAGACCUUGAAGAAAAGGAAACUGAAAUCAUGACAGCAAGCACAGUUACUCCAGAUGAAAUAGCUACAAGAGAUAAUCCUUUAUUCUCUUCCAAUGAGAUCAAUAAUGAUGGAGAUCCAUUCUCUGAUGAAUUCGAAGAACAACAACAAGUUUAA